AACACAAAGAAGUCUAUGAAUUUGACCCCGAGGCUCGUGUCCGGAGCAGAAGGAGAGUGUGGUGUAGGGCCAGGCCCUUCGUUUUCAUCUUCAUCUUGUUGAAUAUUGUAUAAAAUGGGCACAUAAUAGUUAUCUUCCGAAAUAGUGAAGAUUUGUGCUCAAAAUUAUUCCAGUAACGUACUUAUUCAAGCGGGUGAAGAAGUAAGUAUAUUGUGUUAAUAUGGCUAAUCCAAACCGGGAAAGCGUUAGUACUCGGUUUUCCGAUAACUACGACCUAAAAGAAGAAUUAGGAAAAGGAGCAUUUUCUAUAGUCAGACGAGCAGUCCAAAAAUCAACCGGGUAUGAAUUUGCGGCCAAAAUAAUUAAUACUAAGAAACUCUCUGCUAGAGACUUCCAAAAACUUGAACGAGAAGCUAGAAUUUGUCGAAAACUCCAGCAUCCUAAUAUUGUAAGGUUACAUGAUUCCAUUCAAGAAGAACAUUUUCAUUACCUCGUAUUUGAUUUGGUAACUGGAGGCGAAUUAUUUGAAGACAUCGUUGCACGAGAAUUCUACUCUGAAGCUGAUGCAUCUCAUUGCAUACAACAAAUUUUAGAAUCUGUCCACCACUGUCAUCACAAUGGAGUUGUACACAGAGAUUUAAAGCCCGAAAAUCUUUUACUGGCCAGCAAAGUGAAGGGGGCUGCUGUAAAGUUGGCUGACUUCGGUUUAGCUAUCGAGGUGCAAGGAGACCAGCAAGCAUGGUUUGGAUUCGCAGGCACUCCGGGUUACUUAUCACCUGAAGUACUUAAAAAAGAGCCGUACGGAAAGCCCGUAGACAUUUGGGCCUGUGGUGUAAUCUUAUAUAUACUGCUUGUUGGGUAUCCUCCAUUUUGGGAUGAAGACCAACAUCGUCUUUACGGCCAAAUUAAAGCUGGUGCUUAUGACUACCCCUCCCCAGAGUGGGACACGGUAACACCAGAAGCUAAAAGCCUCAUCAACCAAAUGCUCACAGUUAAUCCGAGCAAGAGAAUCACUGCUUCAGAAGCUUUGAAACACCCUUGGAUCUGUCACCGCGAACGUGUGGCUUCUGUUAUGCACAGGCAAGAAACAGUGGAUUGCUUGAAGAAAUUCAAUGCACGUCGCAAACUGAAAGGCGCGAUAUUGACUACUAUGUUAGCCACGCGAAACUUUUCUGGAAAAUCUAUAGUUAACAAAAAAGGGGACGGUUCUCAGGUUAAGGAAUCCACCGAUAGUAGUACGACGCUGGAGGAUGAUGAUGUCGACAAAGAUAAGAAAGGUGUAGAUCGCGCGUGUACUGUAAUAUCUAAGGAACAUGAUGAAGAAACUUUGACAAAAGCUGAUUCCUUCGGCAAAGCUCGCGGUGACAGCAAUGCAUCGUUGCGCCGAGCAGAAGUGAUUAAAGUUACUGAGGUGCUCAUAGAUGCUAUAAAUAACGGCGAUUAUGAUACGUAUUCCAAAUUGUGUGAUCCUAAUGUAACGGCAUUUGAUCCUGACGCGCUAGGUAAUUUAGUCGAAGGUGUAGAAUUUCAUAAAUUCUUUAUCGACAACACACCGACACAUGUUAAAACCAACACAACUAUUUUGAACCCUAGAGUGCACCUGCUUGGAGAUGACGUAGCUGUUAUAGCAUAUGUCUGCGUAACACAAAGUGUAGAUGCUGAAGGUCGGCGAGCUACACAUCAAUCUCAGGAGACUCGUAUAUGGCACAAACGCCACAACAAGUGGACAGCAAUACAUUUCCAUCGCUCCUAACUAGUUCCUUCUAUGAUCCAGCUCGAAAUGUCAGGGGAGAAUUGUCUAGCGAUGCAAACUAUUUUUAAUGGUGAUGCCAUUACUGAAGAUUAAUCAAUUCAAGCAUCUGAGUAACAUUGCAGACAAUAUUUAAGGCCCCCGAGAACUUAAACUUAAAAUUAUCCAAUUCUGCUAUAAAAUUACACGAAUUUUAUUAGAAUUCUUUGUAAUCCAAACAUUAAGUUAAUUAUAGGUAAACAAUAACCGCAUGAAUGUGAGCAAGAAUAAACCAAUAUCUCUCUAAAUCCGGUGACUACUUAAUGAAUCCUCAAAUAUACAAGCUAAUAUUGUAAUGUGGCUACAAUGUGAUACCGAUAAUCAAAAUAUGCUUUUGCUAGUAAGUAGAAUGUACGAAGACUUUGAUCUCGGCCACAAUGAAGUUUGUCAACGAAUAUCGGGGCAAAUUAUAGCAGCAGCUAUCGACAAAAACGAUGAAAUCUCAAUGUACCAUUAUGAUCUGAUAUAAAAGAAUCUAUGUUAUAUCUAAGCAAAGCAGAAAAUUUUCGAGGUUUAGAAUUAUUAGCACAUUUCUCAGUAAGUCUCUCUACAUUUUUAACUAUGAAUGUUUUGUCGUGCUUAAAAUGGUGUUCUAUUUGUUAUCAAAUACCUAGUUAGUAAGGUUUAAGCAACUAAUAUAUUAUGAUACGUACAGUUAUUGGCACUACGCAUCUAGGAAUCCUAACAGUGAGAGAUGUUCUAGUAGGUUAUAAAGUUUAACGUUUGUUCUAAUUAUAUUAUUGUAGUACAUACUGAUUUUGUAUUUUCUUCCACUAAUGCCCGUGUCACCAACCUUUGUAUUCGUUGAGUCAACCCAUAAUUUCCACACAAAAUUAAAACAGUGCUACAAUUCAACGAAAAUAAGGAUUGCAUUGAGCCGGUUAAGAUUGUGUGUUCGACGUUAUGGGUCAGUUAAGUUACUUAAAGUAAAGAUUGGUGAUUCAGCCAUCGGUGUACUAUGUACGUCAUAGCUAGAGCAGAUUCUUUGUAACGUAUUAUACUUUUUAAGUGAAUUAUAUCAAUUUUGUCAAUUUUAGAUUUUAAUAUUGUUAACAUUUAUUAUGCCUUUUUUAUGCUUUUCUAAAUUGUAUAUUAGCCUGCUAAUAAUUAAUCGAUUUUAAAUGUAUUUUCACUUGAGUCAAGUUUUUUGCUACGUUAGAUUUGUACCUAAUAAUAUAAUAAUAUUCCGAUAGUAUUGAUUUUAAAAGUGAUAACUGUGCAAGAAGUCCCUACCUACCAAUAUAGCGUGUGUAUAGAAUGUAUUGUAAUGUCGUUGGAUAAUUAUGUGUGUUGUGAUUUAUUUCUGCACAGUUCACUCCAUUUUCUUAAAUGUGCUUUGCGUAUUCAAUUUCUAGUUACUAUCAGUAUGCAGUACUUCAGUAUUUUCUAGAAAUAUAGUUAGAUUUUAAUGUCAUUUAUCGAUUUGUUAAAACAUUUUGUAAAGUAUUUUAAUAUAAUUAACAAAACUCAAUUUAAAAACCUGAUGAGUGGAAAUAUAAAAAUAAAGUACAUCGCAUAAUAUUAGUAAAUACCUAACUACAUAAAAUUGUGUUGGAAUUAUCCUUAUAUUCAAAGUACAUAGUUCUGCCAUUGCAACUAAAUUUAGUGCCAAUAACUGUAACAACUAAAAAUGUAUUCUAGUCUUUAUUGUUACGCGUAUUUAGUAUUUAAUCAACAUUUUUAAAUUAAUUUUGAACAUAUAUUUACAUAGAAACAUACAUUGUGUAUAUAGAUUUUGAUUUGCACACUGCAUGUUUUAAAGUGUCGUCUUCAUCUAUAGCUGUACAAAAUAUUUACAUGAGAGUUUGUUACCUAGAUCUUAAAAAAUGAAUUUAUUUAUUUUACUUUGUUAAUGCUCUCCGAUCUGAUUUGAUUAGUUGUCUUGUACCCCAGCUUCUUCAGACGUGUAAGCGUGUAGGCGUUAGAAAGAACGAUGCUUUACCACCCAUAGCAAGUGUCGACUGCCUAUGUAGCUUGCAGACUCCAGUUUACCAUCACAGCUAAAUAGAAUAUUUAUGGAAAACGGUAUUAUAUUAUUUAGUUGAAAGUCUUUGUUAUUAAUUUAGUAAGACUGUCUAUUUAAGUCAUUACACUUACCUACCUACACCAAGUUUGUGGUGAUAGAAUUAAACAUGUUAGAAAAAUAAUCAGAUAAGUGCUACCUACCUGAUAUAUAAAAAUCCUUAUUCUCAUUCAACCAGAUGUCUUAAAUUUUAUAAAUGUUAUGGACUUGUCAAAUUAACUUUUGAAAUAAUCGCUUGUUUAAAUAUUAUAAUAUCGAUUUUAAUGUUGAAAAUCGCGCUUAAUACAGAUUACUUACGGAAAAGCAUUUCCGCAAGUAUGCAACAGAAAAUGCACAAAAUAUGUAGAUAUCUUAACGUAUCUUCCAAGAUCAUUCAUGAAGCAAUCAAUGACGAAAUGUAUAUUAUAUUUGCAUACGCCAUGUGUAUCGUCUUCCCUCAUCAGUUCCAUACAUUUGUGAAAUAUCCUCCUAUCCUAUGUAAUGGCUUCAAAUUAUUUUUUUAAUUACUCAUUUCUAAAAUUUUAGCAGCUCUCCGCAUAUUGUUAAUAAUGCACAUUAACCUGUUUGCAUGCAUUUAUCUCACAGGCUUUUACAUUUAGGGGAGCUAAAUAAAAGAUACUAUUUCAACUUUUUCUAUUGGCUGCUUGAAUUAGGAUCUAAGAGCCCAUACACACCAGCUUUUUCUCGCCAAUACCUAGGCGUGACGCGCUCGUCGCGCGUGCUCACAUCCUAAGCGAGAGAACCCCAGUGUGUACGAGCACUUAUUGAAAAUUACGUAUUUUGAAUUAUUUUAAUUUAAGAUGUACUUACAUUUUUCUAGACCACACAAACCAUUUGCAUGCAUUAGUGUUGUGUAUAGUGGAGUUUAAUAUAAACAACUAUAUUCCAUGAAUGUGUGUAGCGAAUGGUACUGUGGUGUGAUGGAUAUAAUUAUGGGUGCAGUGCAAUAUGGUAAUCACUCAAGAAAGUAUAUUAAAGGAAACAAAUAUUUAUUUCUGUUGUAUUUUCUCAAUAGAUCUAUACAAGUAACAUAACUUAUUAUUCUUCAUAGUUAGUGUGAAAUUUUUGCCGUUCAGAUAGGAUUAAUUGUAUUUUGUUGAUUAUUAAUAUACAUACAACAUAAUUGUUGCAGUAUCGCCAUCUAUAUUGAGCCUCUGUAAACAUCACAUAGAUGUCAUUAAGGUGUGUGAUGCAUUGGGUUAUACAAACCAUGUAUUGGAAAUUGUUAUUGCAUUAUUGGCACCCUUGCCUGUACUGUGUACACAAGGUUGAAAUUAUUUUAAAUGUAGUUAGAAUUAUUACCAAAGUGAUUUGUACUCCAAUGCACCCGUGAAAUUUCAUUUAGCAUAUUGCUCUUUAUUAUGAUAAAGGCUAAGUUUGUUGUAGAAUAAUUUUGAAAUGUGAAAGUGUAGGUGUAUUAAUGAAUCAUCAGUAUAUUUGUAUUCAACAUACAUUUCUUGAACCUCUGCAUUGCCGAUUAUCAUGUAAAAUUCUCUAAAAUAAAGUUCUUUUGAUCUACAAUA